CACAAUAUCCCCUACCCAGGUUGUUGGAGGAGGAAUAUAGAGGACAGCCCCAGAGGACAAGGUAAAGCUCAAGAUGGGUCCUGGACCAUAAUGGGAGCAUAUAGGGAGCCAAAGCCACAGCUGCUACCCACAAUGGGGAACUACAACUCCCGAAAGAAAACCAAGGCUCCCAAGCAGGCAUGGAAGGGGAAACCCCUAGCCACGGAAAAGCCCAAGAAGAAGUCCUUCUUUGGCCACUUGAAGAGAAAGUCAAGUCCCAAGAUUGUACUGCUCCUGCCCUUGGACAAGAGGAACCAACUGGCAGAGAUCAGCAUGGCCCCUGGAUCUGGGGCUAGGAGGCCCGAGGAUGAGGCUGGGGCAACAGCAGCACCAGCAGCCUCCUCACUGAGAGGUGCAGGUGACGGGACAGAUCUCCGGGAGGGCUCUCCAGCUCGGGAGAUGAAGAUUUUGGUAUUCCUGCUGCUACUGGAUACCCGCCUCCAGGAUGAGUGAUGGGGAGCGGAUGGUAGCACCAAGUGGGCCCAGGCCUGGCAGCACCCUCCACUGGCUGAGAAUGAGGCUGAGGGUGAGGUGGAGGACCAGCCGCAGCCUGAGAGGCGCUGGCACCAGACCCUCUCCCAGUGCUGAGCCUGAGCAGGGCAGCAAGGACAAUAAAGACCAUGGAG